AUGUACACAUCAAAUACCAGCGAUCUUCGACAUUUAUUGAGUAGACAAAGUGGUAGUUAUCCGGAAGAACAUUCACAAAUUUACAAUGAACAUGAUGAUGAGUACAAUAGUGACGAAAAAGAACUUCUAACAUUGUUUCAUCGUGAACGUCAAAAUACGGCAGACAGAUAUAAUGCCCGAGAAAAAUCAAAUCGUCAUGUUGAUUAUCACCAUUAUGAUGAAGGAUUACAACAGCCCACUGAACGUGAUUCAGAUAAAAACAUUCGCAAUAAUCGAAUAGUUACAACUAUUGAUCGUAAUCGUGAACAUAAUGAUAACGAUUGGAGUGAAUUUUCACACGAUACGAAAGAUCGAACAAAAUCAUCUUCCCGUCAUGGCCAUCAUAACAAUGUUCGUAGUGAGAUUCGAAAACCAAGCAAUGAAAAGAGUGAUCGAAAGAAGAUGAGUAAUGAUCAUCACAUGGAUAUUGAUAUUACAAAUGAUCGUCAAGAAACGACUUCAUCUUCAUCGUCUAGAAAACAGUAUCAUGAUCGUUUAUCGAAAGAGCGUGAUCACAUUAAACAAAUUCCUAGCACAGCGCUUAAACAAAACGAACAGCAACAACAACCACAGCGCUCAAAAGAAAAAUCCAAUGACACAUCAUCUCAUAUGGGGAGGAAUACUUCAAAAUCUAGUGAUCAGCGUGAUAAAAGAUUACAAUCAGAUAGACAAGAUAAUGUUGAAUCACAGCAGACAAUUACAUCACAAUCCGUUGAACAACAUCAGCAGAAAAAGAAAAAUGAUGACAUAUCAGCUUCAAAUUCUAAUCGUAAUCGCGAUAAGAAAAAAUUAUCAUCGACGAUCAGUGACACUGGAUCAAAACAAAAACGUGAUUUUAGUAGUGUAUCAACAAAUUCAAGCUCUGAUUCAUCUCGUUCAAAAUCGCGAGAAAGGAAAGAUGAUUUUAGUAACGAUUCCAAUGAUUCAUCACAUCCAUUUGGUACUCCAUCAAAUACAAUUAUGAUGCACGGUUUGCCAUUCAAUGUUGAUGAACACGAACUUUUAUCUGAACUAUUAAUUGCCAAGGUACCAGUUAAAGCGGCAAGAUUAGUGAGACGCAAAGAACUGGGUACAAAUCGUGGUGUUGGUUUUAUUGAAUUUCAAACUGUUCAAGAAGCUCAACGUUGGAUAGAAUCGACGAAGGGUACAUUUCUAUUCAACGAUACUCCUGUUACAUUAUCAUACAAAUGGGAAGAUAAUUCACAUCGUGAACAUCGACGAAAAACAUCUGAUUUACAUUUAACAGAUUGGGAUUGUUGCAAGUGUGGUGUCAAUAAUUUUAAGCGUCGAGAAAAUUGUUUUAAUUGCAACUUCACACGAGAAGAAUCGGAACGUUCACGUGAUUUGGAUGGCUACGAAGCAAUUGGAACAAAUCCAUGCAACACAUUGGUACUACGUGGUCUUGAUGCUCUUACAUCGAAAGAAGCCAUUGAAACAAAACUAUUUGAAUUAACAAACGUUCCGGUUAAGAAUUCGUGUGUUGUUAAAGAUCAUAUUACGGGCGUUUCGAGAGGUUUCGCUUUUGUCGAAUUCAAUUCUAUACAGGAUUCCGCAACCGUUUUCGAUAAAUUGCAAUCGGCAAAUCCUGUAUUUGAACUUGAUGGCAAACUGAUAAUGUCACAUUAUUCAAAAAAUACAUUUUCAACAGCAAUAACACAAAUGAGAAGUGGAGAAGGUUACUAUUCAUCACAUUAUCCCGAUUAUCGUGAUUAUAAUCAAGACCGUUUUCAAUAUUAUCAACAUUCAUUACCGGAUAAUCAAGUUGAUCGGACGAAUACUGCAGCUGCUGUUGCGCAAAUGGCUAUGCGAAAUAUUCAAUCACAAAAACGAAACAAUCGAGGUUAUCAAUCUCAGCAUCAUUAUCAUUCUCGACGACGACAUCACAGUGAUAGUGACGAUUCUCGAUCACCUUCCCCACAAGAAAGAGUCGCAUCUCAGAAAAAUUCAGAAUUUAAAAUGCUAGAUAAAUAUCCAACUCCAAAUACAUUAAAAUAUCAAUAUGACGAAGGAUCGGGCUAUUAUUAUGAUCCAACUACAACAUUUUACUAUGAUGCUAUAACACAUUAUUAUUAUAAUCCUCAUACGCAAGAGUUCAUGUAUUGGGAUGGAACAAAAUCAACUUAUAUACCGGUUGAUCAAACAAAAGUAUCGAGUUCCCAUACAGCAUCCGUCUGUUUAACUACAAGCACUCCAACUUCAACUUCAACAACAAUUUCAACCUCGCCUACAAAUCAAAAGAAAGUAGUGACAGCUUCUGGUACAGCGACAAAUGACGGUGUUAUUUCAGCAGCGCCAGCAUUAGUUCCAGCUGCAAGUGAACGGAAUGAAAAAACAGAAAAAGUGAAAACGGCAAACAAGAUUGCUAAAGAUAUGGAAAAAUGGGCAGAAACAUUGAACAAGCGAAAAGAAUUGAUAAAGAAAAAUCAGACUAAACCAUUAUCGACAAAUGAAGUGCAACAGUCAAUUACUACAACAGAUGAUAUUUCAACAACUCGUUCAAAUGACGUACAAAUGCCUGGUUUUUUGACUAUGCAGUUGAUGUCUUCAGUACCCACAUCAUCUACAAAUCCAUUGUUAACAUUAUCCAGUAGAGCUGGAAAUAGUGCACUCAUUGGUUAUAGCAGUGUUGCUGGUGAAAGUGAUUCAGAUGGUGAAGAUGGAAAACAUUCGUCAAAUGGUAGUAGUACAAAUAUAUUAGAUCAAAAUGAAGAAAAAUAUAUUGAUUGGAUUAAACUAACAUGUCUAUUAUGUCAGAGACAAUUUGAUACGAAAGAUAUAUUACAAAAACAUUUGCAAAUGUCAAAUUUGCAUAAGUUAGUUUAUCGUGAUCGUGCUAAAGAACGUCGCGACAAAUAUGGCAAAGACGACUCAAAUAUUAAACGAGGAUUAUCACAAAAAAUAUCUUCACCAUAUGAAAAUUAUAGUCGAAUAUCAACAACCAACGAUCAAGAUUUCUAUUCGAUCCCUACUCAACGUAGGCUAAGAAUAUUUAUUGUGGCACAAGAAUAUUAUUUUCUUUGUUUGUUCUACUUUGUAGCACCAUCAGACAGUAUCGGAUCAAAACUAAUGAAAAAACAAGGAUGGAAAGAAGGUGUUGGUAUUGGUAAAAAUUUACAAGGACGAGCAGAUCCGAUUGAGGCACAAAUGAGACAAAAAGGAUUGGGUUUGGGUGCUCGUGGUCUUCAUUAUCAAGCCGAUCCAAACGACAGUUACAAAGAUGUUGUAAGAAAAGUUGCACGUGCAAGAUUUGAAAUGAUGAAUUCAACAUCAUGA